CUUAGAAACAACUGUGCAUAUUUAUUUGGCAAGUCAUAUUAUAGUUUUAAGAAAAUAUGUGACAAAUCUCGAAUUAUGGGUGUUAAAAAUUACAGAUUUACUCGAAACAAGACUCAUUAUAUGAGCAUGGAUAAUCCAGCAUUCAUUGAUUCAUCCCCAAGAAAAUUAGGACGAACAGUGAGUGUAAAUGUGGAAGGUGAAUCAGUUCCACUAAGUUUAACAUCUAAUAAAUAUCAUACAACAAAUCCAAAAAUGUUGUUACGAUGGCGACGGAGUAACGCGGGAGAUCCUGAAGAUAUCCUUGAAGAGGAAUACGCAUCGGAUGAAUAUGAAUGUAUGGAAUGUGGACCAUCACCUCCCGCAGAUUCAACCCCUAAUUUAUAUGAAAGUUUCGAAGAAUUUUCUAGUCAAGAAUUAACCGUACAAAUAUGUAGCGAUACAAUUAAGCUCAAUUUAAUUGAGCAUAUGAAAUCGGCUACGGGUCGGAUACAUUUACUUGAAGAUAUUGAAACGGACAAAACAAAAGGUGAAAAUGUUGUGAGCGCAUUUGCUGGUGCUACCAAAACUGAAAUAAACAUUGCAUUUUUAUGGUCAGCAUUUUUAAAGCGAUGGGAUCUAUUAGAAGGUUUAUUAACCGCCGGUGCUGAGCUACAAUAUUGUGAACCAAAUCAGGGAUUAAGUGCGUUACAUUUAAGUGCCUUUAGUGGUUGUAUACCCAGUUGUCAGUAUUUAAUUGCAAAAGGAUGCAAUGUAAAUCUAUGUCCAAAAUGUUAUAGUCCUUUACAUUGUGCGGCAUUCGGUGAUUCUCCUGAUACAGCUAUGCUUUUACUAAAUAAUGGUGCUGAAGUGCAUGCCUUAACAAAUAGUCCAAACAAUUGCCACGAAGGUGUCCUACAUUGUGCAGUUCGAGCAAACGCUAUAGCUUGUGUACGCUUAUUUACAGCCGAAGGUGCGGAUGUUAGUAUGGUAGAACCUUCUGGUAUAUCACCUUUACAUUUGGCUGCAGAUUUAGGACAGUUUCAAUGCUUAAAAAUUAUGUUAGAAUCAAAAUUUGCUGAUCCAAAUAUACGAAAACGAGAAAAAGAGGCAACUCCUUUACAUUUGGCAGCUGAAAGUGGCUACGCAGAUUGUAUUGAAUUACUUUUAAGUAAAGGAGCUGAUCCAAAAGUGAGAAAUUAUCGAGGACAAACAGCUUUACAUUUAGCUGCACGAUCACAAGCUAUAGAUUGUGUGGAAAUAUUAUUAAGAAAAGGUGGUUCUGACCCAAAUGCAGGUGAUCUAGAUAAACGAACUCCAUUACAUGCGGCAGUUGGAAAAGCAGCUCAAAGUUUUGAUAUAAUUGAAACUUUAAUAAGUUGGGGUGCAGAUGUCAAUAGUAAAGACCAAUACGGUUAUACACCCUUACACAUUGCAGCUUUAAACGAACUCUCCCAAUGUGUAGAAACGUUAAUAUUUCAUGGAGCUGAUGUAACAGCAAAAUCAAAGUUUGGUAUGUCUGCAUUAGGUAUAAUCACGCGUAAAACUCCAGCUUCUUUGGCGAUGGUACACCAAAAAUUAGAUUGUGCAAUCACAUUACAUCAUCAUCCAGAAGCAUCAAAUCGCGAAGUGGAAUUACGAUUAGAUUUCAGAAGUAUUUUACAACAUUGUCAUCCACGUGAAAUUAGCUUUCUAAAUACGUUUGUCGACGAAGGGCAGAAAGAAAUUUUAUUACAUCCAUUGUGCUCCGCAUUUUUACAUUUAAAAUGGGAGAAAAUACGUAAAUAUUAUAUUGCUCGAAUUUUAUUUUGUUUAAUAUUUGUAUUAUGUUUAUCAUUAUACGUUUUAACAGCAUUAGCUCAUAAUUGUUAUAACCAAGGCAAACACUUGUAUCCACCUUACGAAUCGGAGAAUACAAAGGAAUAUGAAUUAUGUCAGAAAAAAUCCAUUAUGGGUAAUAUGUUACGGAAUAAUCCAUUUGUUAUUGAAAUGCAAUGGUUUGUCUUGGUCGGUAUAACAGUUUGUGAAAUUUUACGAAAAAUUUAUGGAAUCGCUGGGUAUCCUUCGAUUAAACAAUAUUUAUCCCAACCAGAAAAUAUUAUCGAAUGGUCGGUAAUCGCCAGCGUCUUUGUAAUUUCAUUUAUUUACACCGGUCGGACAUAUAUGUGGCAGAAUCAUGUUGGAGCAUUCGCGGUGCUUUUUGGAUGGACUAAUUUAAUGUUAAUGAUAGGUCAAUUGCCGGUUUUUGGAUCGUAUGUUGCAAUGUACACUCGAGUACAGGGUGAAUUUGCAAAAUUACUUUUGGCUUAUUCAUGCUUAUUAAUUGGUUUCACGAUUAGUUUCUGUGUUAUAUUUCCCGAUUCAAAUUCUUUUGCAAAUCCAUUUCUUGGAUUUAUAACAGUUUUAGUUAUGAUGACUGGGGAGUUAAAUUUGGAUCUAUUACUUGAUGACGACCCAGAAGAUCCACCUUUUCUACUGGAAAUCAGCGCUCAAGUAACUUAUAUUUUAUUCUUGUUAUUUGUCACAGUUAUGCUAAUGAAUUUGCUAGUCGGUAUAGCGGUUCAUGAUAUCCAAGGAUUACAAAAAACCGCAGGAUUAUCAAAACUUGUCCGCCAAACAAAAUUAAUUUCCUACAUGGAAUUAGCUUUAUUCAACGGAUAUUUGCCAAAAUAUCUGUUAAAUUUACUACAUUGGACAGCGUUAGUAUCUCCAAAAGCGUAUCGGGUUGUAUUAAAUGUGAAACCAUUAAAUCCACGUGAAAAACGCUUACCCAAAGACAUAUUACAGGCAGCACAUGAGAUUGCGAAGCGAAGGAAAAAUUAUGGGCAAACUGUAUCCUCGCAUGGUUCUGUGUCUACAACAUACCAACGUAAAGCCCAUAAUAAUAAUACAGAUUUGAUUAGUACACUACAAAUGAAAAUUGAUAAAAGCUCUGAACAAAUUGAACAUUUAACAACUGAAAUACGUGAAUUAAAAAGUCUAUUAAUGAUGUCUAUGACACAAAAGCAAGCACAAAAUAGAAAAAAUAGUAGUACGGAAUGUUGA